AUGGAGCCUUUAUAUGAAAGGUUCAGAAAGCAAGCGCCUCCAGUAUUUCUGGGAGGCCCUGAUGUUUUAAAAGCUGAGCAGUGGUUGACCGUUAUUGAGAAAAUAUUGAAUUUUAUGGGAGUGGUCGGAAAUGAUAGGGUGGCAUGUGCCACAUUUCAAUUUCAAGAGGAUGCCCUGAUUUGGUGGGAAAUGGUAUCCCUCACCAGAGAUGUGACCAGAAUGACCUGGGAAGAGUUCCGGGAAUUAUUCAACGCCAAAUAUUACAAUGAGGCGGUCCGCAGUGCAAAGCGGAAGGAAUUUGUUGAGUUGGUACAAGGUGAGGGUAUGUCAGUAACUGAAUAUACAACCAAGUUUGAUCGCUUGGCCAAGUUAGCCUCCGGAAUCGUACCAACAGACUUCAGCAAGAAAGAAAAGUAUUUGGCUGGGCUGAAUGCCAAAAUCAGACAUGACCUGGUUAUUACAACGAGUGAUACAACAACUUAUGCAGAAAAGUAUUUGUGUGUGGAAUUUCUUGUCUGUUAUUGA